AUGAAGAAAGGUCUUAUAAAUCUUAAUAUCACCAAACGAUGGAUAUCCUAUAUAAAAGAUGAUACUAAUGAUAAGAAAAUAUUGUCAAGAUCUGAUAUCAUAGAAAAGGAUCGCCUAGCAACGUUUAAAGAGAAAUUUCAACCGCUGGAACAAGCAGGUUUCAGGAAAAACUUCUCAACAAUAGAUCACAUCCACAAUUUAAAUUUGAUUAUAGAGAAAUAUAUAGAGCACAAUAGACCACUCUACCUGGCAUGUAUCGACUAUGCAAAAGCCUUCGACUCUAUAUCACAUACGAGCAUGUAUAAAGCUCUACAUGAGUGCGAAGCACCAACGAAGACUAUAGAUCUUAUAAAAGACAUCUACUACAAAAGCAAAAGUCGAGUAAAGUUAGAGAGACAUGGACCUGAAAUAAACAUUUGUAGAGGAGUCAGACAAGGUCAGGUAAAAAUUCAAGGUGACCCCCUGUCACCUAGAAUUUUUAUAACUGUGCUACAAAAUAUAAUGAAAACUCUGAACUGGGAAAAGACAGGAAUAAAUGUAAAUAGCAAACUCCUCAGUAAUCUUCGAUUUUCGGAUGACAUCAUGCUCUUCUCAAGAGAAGAUCAAGAGAUCCGGUAUUAA